CUCGCCGGCCGCACUCGGGGUGUCGGAGCCUCGGUCUGAGGGAUGAGGAGCUGCCAUGGCCAGUGACGGGGCCAGGAAGCAGUUCUGGAAGCGCAGCACCAGCAAGGUCCCGGGCAGAGUCCUUCCUGGCUGUGUCCUUGUAGUAUCAUCAGGAUGUGCACAGAUUGGACCCAGAAAACGUAACUGAUGUUCCCUGCUGUUGCUUGCUGGUAACAGCAUCCAGCAUGUGUAUGGAGCCCAGCACCCCCCUUUUGAUCCACUGUUGCACAGCACUUUGCUCAAGUCCACACCCAAGGUGCCGACCACCCCAGUGAAGGCCAAGAGGGUCAGCACCUUCCAGGAGUUUGAGAGCAACACCAGCGAUGCAUGGGACGCGGGGGAGGAUGACGAUGAGCUCCUGGCCAUGGCAGCCCAGAGCCUGAACACCGAGGUGGUCAUGGAGACAGCCCACCGCGUCCUGCGGAACCACAGCCAGCAGCAGGGCCGGCCUGCACCACAGCAGGUGCCUACGCCUGAGCCGGAGCUGCAGCCUGUGGCAGAACCACCACCAGCCCUGAUUGGUGACCUCCGGCUGGUGAAGUCAGUCAGUGAGAGCCACACAUCCUGUGCUGCAGAAAGCGCCAGUGACCCGGUCCCUCUGCAGAGGUCCCAGUCUCUCCCCCACUCAGCCACCGUUACGCUGGGUGGGAUGCCCGAGCCCAGCACCCUGGGAAGCUCAGCGCUGAGUGAGAGAGAGGCCUCUCGGCUCGACAAGUUCAAGCAGCUGCUUGCCGAACCCAACACCGACCUUGAGGAGUUGCGGAAGCUGAGCUGGUCUGGAAUCCCUAAGCCAGUUCGUCCGAUGACCUGGAAACUUCUCUCAGGUUACCUUCCUGCUAAUGUUGAACGAAGACCAGCCACCCUCCAGAGAAAACAGAAAGAAUAUUUUGCUUUUAUUGAGCACUAUUAUGAUUCUAGGAAUGACGAAGUUCACCAAGACACAUACAGACAGAUCCACAUAGACAUCCCUCGGAUGAGCCCCGAAGCAUUAAUACUCCAGCCCAAGGUGACGGAGAUUUUUGAAAGGAUCCUAUUUAUAUGGGCCAUUCGUCAUCCUGCCAGUGGAUAUGUUCAGGGGAUAAAUGACCUGGUCACUCCUUUCUUUGUGGUCUUCAUUUGUGAAUACAUAGUAGAGGAGGAAGAUGUGGACAGGCUCAACAUCUCCCGAGUGCCUGCAGAGGUGGUGCGCAACGUGGAGGCUGACACCUACUGGUGCAUGAGCAAGCUGCUGGACGGCAUCCAGGAUAACUACACCUUUGCCCAACCUGGAAUUCAAAUGAAAGUGAAGAUGUUGGAGGAACUGGUGAGCCGGAUUGAUGAACCUGUCCACCAGCACCUGGACCAGCAUGAGGUGCGCUACCUGCAGUUUGCCUUCCGCUGGAUGAACAAUCUGCUGAUGCGGGAGCUGCCACUGCACUGCACCAUCCGCCUGUGGGACACCUACCAGUCGGAACCCGAGGGCUUUUCACAUUUCCACUUGUACGUUUGUGCUGCUUUCCUCGUGAGAUGGAGGAAAGAAAUUCUAGAAGAAAGAGAUUUUCAAGAGCUGCUCCUCUUCCUCCAGAACCUACCCACCGCCUGCUGGGGUGACGAGGACAUCAGCCUGCUGCUGGCUGAGGCCUAUCGCCUCAAGUUUGCCUUUGCAGAUGCCCCCAAUCACUACAAGAAGUGAGCUGGGGCCUCACUGUUGGGGGGGUGCCCUCCCCACUGGCCAGCUGCAGGCCCCUCUGAGCUGGUCCCAGCCACGCACCGCCUUCCGGCUGCCCCACCCUGCAGCUACUUGUCAGGGCAGGCCCAACGUGGUCCAGGGCUGGUGGGAAUGGGGGGCCUCAGUUUUCUGAGAUACCAAAGAGAGCCAGGAGCGGAUCUCGGUUUUGGGGGCCAUAUAUGAGUCUGAAGCCCCCUGCCCUGUCCCUGGAGUGUCCUUGCCAAAUGCCCACCCUGGACCCCUGGCCUAAGGCAGCCAAGAGGCAGUUCCUCCCCCAGUGGCCUGCUGUCCAGGUGCCAGGCAGAAUGACAGUGGCCACCGCAGACCUACUCUGAAAAGCAAAGACUCCUCUGUUGGGUGAAAGAAUAAAGAGCUGACUAAAUGUUGGGGGAUGUGGUGCAGUAGCGGGGUCUCUGCGCGGCGCCUCUGGUAGCCAGCAGUGUCUGGGCCAUGGCUCUGCAUGCAGAGCUGAUUUCUUUCUUGGCUGGAACUCAGCUGGAAGCUGACAUCGGGCAGAUCUGGGAAGCUGGGGACAGGAGGCCGGUGGCUGAGAGAGGCCACUCACAGUUGCCUUACCUUCUAUUUCUGCUCCUUUAAAAGGGAGCUCCCCGGCCACUCCCUGUCCUUAGUGGUCCCAGUCACAUAACCCAUUGAGGGUCAGUGCUGUUCUUAGCAGGCCGGGGAUAGGGCGUGGACACACAGCGUACCCCAGUCCAACUCUUUCUGCCACUUCCCCUGGUGCCAGGUCCCCUGAGCUCUGCACAGAUGGAUGUCCUGUCCAGCCUCCCCCACCCACAUCCUCCCAGGGUGUCAUGUCUGUGUGAACCUUAGUGACACAGGUACUGCUGGGCCAUGUGGGAGCUGUCAGACCCAGGCUCUGUGACCCUGGAUCAGGCAGCCUCCUGUCCUCAGCAGCCUGCUGUGACUGCUGUGAGACUCUUUCCCUCCUUGAGGAGCAGCUCUGCCCCUGCCCAGGCACCAGGAGACUACCCAGAGGCUGGGGAGAGAUGUGUGCAAUGCGUGUGUUCUUGCUUCUAUUAAAGUGGUCCCUGGUCAUUACACAUGGCAGGGAAUUGGCACAGCUUUCUGUGCAAAUGUCCUAUGCUCCAGGAGAUCACACCCCACCCCAUUCAGGGUUCCUUCCAGAGCAACUCCAGGUAUAAGGAAGCUGCUCCAUGGCUCUGUGUGGAAGCCCCAUCUCCUUCCCAGGAUCAACCCUGGAAACUGCUCUGCUUGGACUUGCACAUCUCUGCACUGCCGGAGGUUGGAGAUACAGCAGGCCUGCUCCUAGUGGUAGUUUAUUUUUCAAUGGGGAAGGCCUCAUGAGCUUAAAUUAAGCCUGGUGUGUAUUUCACAUGUGCAAAUGCCAGAUUGGGUAUAAGGGACACUGGCGAUAUGAAUGGGUGACUGGGGUGUGUGUCUGGAAUGUAAUGUGUGGAAAGAUGAAAUAAAGAUGCAUCGACACAGCCCA